AGGACGAGGCGGCGGCCGCGGGGAGGAGGAUGGGGGCUAACCAGUUAGUGGUGCUCAACGUGUACGACAUGUACUGGAUGAACGAAUACACCUCGUCCAUCGGAAUUGGCGUUUUUCAUUCGGGCAUUGAAGUAUAUGGCAGAGAAUUUGCUUAUGGUGGCCAUCCUUACCCCUUUUCUGGAAUAUUUGAAAUUUCCCCAGGAAAUGCUUCUGAACUAGGAGAAACAUUUAAAUUUAAAGAAGCUGUAGUGCUAGGGAGCACGGACUUCCUGGAGGACGACAUCGAGAAGAUCGUGGAGGAGCUGGGCAAGGAGUACAAGGGCAACGCCUACCACCUCAUGCACAAGAACUGCAAUCACUUCUCCUCAGCGCUGUCGGAGAUCCUCUGUGGGAAAGAGAUCCCUCGCUGGAUCAACCGACUGGCCUACUUCAGCUCCUGCAUUCCCUUCCUACAGAGUUGCCUCCCCAAGGAGUGGCUCACGCCCGCGGCCCUGCAGUCCAGCGUCAGCCAGGAGCUGCAGGAGGAACUGGAGGAGGCCGAGGACGCCGCUGCGUCCGCCUCCGUGGCCAGUGCUGCGGCCGGCCCCAGGCCCGGGCGCCACACCAAACUCUAAGCGUCUCCAAAGCCCCCCCCAGAGCUGUCUCGGACAGGGGACGGUCAGCUAGUGA